AGUCAAGUGGCAAGUGUUCCAGUAAUUGUGCUGUCAUGAAGUUUAUGCUGAAAUAACUGCAGGAAUGAGUUUUCUUCUCGUGGGUUUUCUCAGCACUGUUGUGCUCCACUCUGUGUCAGCUGGUGGUGCAUAUUGUGCUAAAACAGCAAGAGCCCGUGCAGCUGCUUUGGGUUUGGAUUAUCCUGGAGUACAUGGAGCGCCUGAACUCUCUGGACCAGCUUAUCAUGGAAUCCCCCCUCACCCCUACAAUCAUGAAUGGUUUGAGACUGUACCAAACAUGGCCACCCCUCAACAAAAUUGGCCAACUUUUCAUAAUGUGAGGCAUAGACAAGCUAACCUAGGAACAUCUGACAGAUUUCUAAUGACCCACGGCACUUACGGACCAGUUCAAAAUGAAUACACAACAAAGCCAGAGCACGGCUUUCCCAGAGGACAGUCGGUCAGUAACCGCGGUUCCAGUUUUAAAGGGGUCAUGCGUGUUGCACUACCAACACGAGCUGAUGCCCCUAGCCAGUUUGACCUUGUGAAUAGGGAUCCUCAAGGUCACUUGGUUGGCUAUGGUGAACAUGACCUUGUUGUUGAUGAGUCCGUCCCAAAUAGACAGGGCAUUUUUCACCAUGCACUCCCCCUGCCCCAAAACUGGGGUCAUGGUGCUUACCAGAGAGCUCGAACUGUACAUGGCCUCAGAAGAAAAGGGCCUGUCCUUGGUUCAAAUCACUUUAAGAAAGUCCAUGGAGCAGCAAAGACUAGUUGGGGUCCUCCUAUGUUUGGUAGUUGGAGAUACAGAUUUCCUGGCCUCAAUGCUAAACAGUUUGUUCAAGGUACCCCAACCCCCUUGGUGGUCUGAGAGACAUGAAAUCAGAUCCCGUUAGACUUAUUCAAAUGAAAGGGUCUGACAUUAAAGGCCCUGGCAUAUAGCUCUGCUGUCUUGUCAGAUGGUGUUCCUUUGACUUUUUUUUUUCUUUUUUUGAAGUUAACAGGGAGGCUUUUUGUGCAGGGUGGGGGUGAGAAGUGAGUCUACAAUCUUAGUUUCACUGGAGACAAAAGGGAGGGAUGUCCCUCCUACACUUAUCUGUGUACAAGCGCCUAUAUUGUGUGUUUUUUGUUUUUUUGU